UGCCUCUUUGCACCCUGUGCCGUUUAUACAAGGAGAGUUCCUCAUGCUGAACGCAUUUGUUAUCUCUUAAAUUCGUGUUGCGCACACCCGAUUAGGUACUCAAUACGCUCAGUGUUUUUAAGCGUGUGGGGUACUGACCAUUUACCCAUCAUAAGAAAUUUGUGAAAGAGUUUUCAAGAAAUGGCCUUAAGAGGGUGGCCACCGUAUGGACUGGUUUUGGUACUGAUAAGUUUUUUAAUGUCCGGUGGGCAUUGUUAUUGGUGGAGCUAUGACACGACAACGCCACCAACAACAACCACGAUGCCUACAACAGCGACAACAAUCACAUCGACGACGACACCGAUCACAACGACAACAACAACUACUACUACAACUACUUCUACUUCUACUACUAGUAGUGCGACAACAAAACCAGAAAUGAUUCUAAUUGAAAAUGAGGAAGAUGCACUUACAGGGGAUCUAGAUACCGACACAAAUAUUGUUCCAUCGCUUAGUUUAACUGGGGACGAUAAAGAUGAAGAUGAAGAUAAACACAUUAUACUUUUGGGUAAUUCGGAAAGCUCAACAGAUGAGAAAACCAAAGAAAGAAUUGACAUUGGUUCUGGAGACGGAGAAAUUAUUGUUGCAAAAACCACUGAGCCAUCCAGCACUCCAUCUAUUGAAAUAACAGAUGAAAACACAGAUGAUCGGAUCCUUGGUGUGACAGAUGUCCCUAUCAUUAGUCUAACAGAGAGCGGGAAUGGACAGAGAGGCAUUACUCUUAAACCAGGCGACAAAAAUAUAUUUACUGAAGAGGAAUUAUACCCUGGAUUUGCCAAUGAUACUCGUUUUACCUCAGGAGUGGUUAAAAGUCAAACUAACGAGGUGAUAGUAAAGACAACAGUAAAAGGUAUAGGUUUUGCGAAUGAGACCGAUUUAGAAAAGUCGCCCGAUAGAACAGCUGAACAAGGUGGGGAUACUGAAACUAAUAUCGUUGGUGUCAUUUCUUACGGAUUUGCAAAUGAAACAAAUCCAACGCUUCAAAUUUCUGGCGGUGAUAAUAAAGGCGAUUUCGAAAACACCAAUGAAAUUGAUCGGACACCUGGUGGAAACGGGGAGAGUGAUUCAGUUGCUCCGACAUCUGCAACACCGAGAGGAAACAACAUUGGCGUCGUAACUGGGGACUUGUCAAAGUACAGGACAGGAAAAGUUUACUUAAAUAAAGGCUGCCCUGCUAACAAAACACUGGCACUGGGAUAUACAAUUGCCGCUCAAAAGUCCACAACAACUGUUCCAAAAAUCACAAAGUCUGCUAAGAACACAGUAACACCGUCUGGGUCAACACAAACAUUUGAGACUAACGAAGUUAUAAUUACUGACGAAAACAAAAAAAUGGAAACUAAACCAGAUCCUGUUGACAAAGCAAGGAUACCAUUAGAGGAGUUUCUAGUUCGAUUUGGUUAUUUUCCUAAUCCUCGCAUAAAACCUGGGAUGCCUGUAGACGUGUUACCAUCAUUUUCGAAGGAAGAACUGACAGAAGCUUUGAAGCAAUUUCAGCGACUGGUAGGCCUUCCAGAGACUGGUGAGCUGGACGCGGCAACAGUUAACAAGAUGAAACAACCACGCUGCGGUGUCCCCGACUUCGAUCCUUAUAGGAAACCCAGUGACACUGCUAUCCCUGAAAAAACUUAUGCUUCCGGCAGCAAAUGGAAUCAAAAUUUUAUUACCUGGAAGACGAUAAAUUUCUCUGACAAACUAGAAAAAGCAGAACAGAGGCGUGCUUUUCACGAAGCUUUCCAACUGUGGGGUGAAGCAACGCAACUAGUAUUCGAAGAGGUGGUAAAUGGAUCUCCCGAUAUAGAAAUAAAAUUUGCUGAAGGAGAUCAUGGGGACGGAUAUUGGAAUAGGUUUGAUGGAGAAGGAGGAGUACUGGCGCACGCUUUCUUCCCACCCAAUGGUAACACCCACUUUGACGCUGCAGAGAACUGGACGCUGGAUAUACCGCAAGGGGUUAACAUGUUGGCCGUCGCUGCCCACGAGUUUGGUCACGCUCUUGGGCUUGGUCAUUCACGGAAUACUGAUGCUGUCAUGGCGCCAUACUAUGGUGGUUAUAAACCUGACUUGAAGCUCGAAGAAGAUGAUAUACGAAGCAUACAGAGUGUUUAUGGCUCAGAUGAAACAACUACAUCAACUACCACCACUCCAACGACAACCUCGACGUCUCCAACUCCGCCAAGCACACAAACAACAACGACUGUGCCAACGCCGCCAUUUAGAACUACAGGGAAGGAAACCCCAUCUCCUACACAAUCAACAGAUGGCAUUCCUUCAACCGAUCGGUUUAGUACCUUAAAAUUAACAAGUCCACCGCCUACCCCGUCAACUGUCAGUGAUUUAAGCACACCGGAACAUAAGACUAUCAGCUGUGAAUUGACCACACCCAGCACAGUGGCGCCAUCUAGGCCUUCAAAACCUAAACCUAACAUAUGCACUGAAGAUUUUGAUGCUAUUAUACAGGAUUUCUUUGGAAGCAUAUAUGUCUUUAAAGACAGAUUUAUAUGGAAACUGAUAAAGGGAGGAUUUGGAGUGGAGCCAAGCUAUCCAAAGCCUGCCAGGAAAGUUUUUCUUAAAUUUCCCAGAUCAAAAAUCAAUGCAGCUGUGUACUCUUGGAGGUCCGGAAGGACAUAUUUUUUCAGAGGUAACAGAGUUUGGAUAUAUUAUAAUUAUAAACUUGCUGUAAGAAAACGAGUGAGGGAUGUUCAGUUUCCAACAAAUCCUGAUGCAGCUCUAGCCUGGAGAGAUGGAAGAAUAUACCUUUUUAAGGGCAAUUACUAUUGGAUAUUUGAUGAAAUCCGGUGGUCUGUUGGCUUUCCCCAGCGAAUCCAGUCUUUUUGGCCAGGAAUACCUAAUAAUAUAGAUGGUGCUUUCAUGGAUAGAAAGCAAAGAUACAGCUACUUUUUCAAAAAAGACAAGUACUACAUGUUUGACGACUUUCUACGUGGAACUUUGUCAGGUGGGCCUCAAGUUAAGCAUCCAAGAUGGACAGGUUGUCCCAGAAGAUCCAUGUAAUCUUAAAAGAGACUUUCAAAGACAUUUUUCUCUAAAAAAACAUACUAAAUAUCUCAUAAUUUUCAGUUGAGCUACAACUUAAUUUUUUUUUAGUCUGGUCUUCUCUUUUUUAUUCACUUUAUGUGAAUGAACAUAUCAUGUUUUCAUACAUUCAUUUUAUUUGGACCAUAAGAUCUUUUAGCAAUAAUUCCUGUACUAUUACUACAUAUUUAUAUGUAAGAACAUUAUAUCUAGUGGCAUUCAACUAGCCAAUUAUGUAAACACUAUCACCUAUAUGUACUAAACAUCACCAUCUUCUUCAUGAAAGAUAAAUAAUAAGAUUUAAGCUUUAAUAAUGCAUAACUGGCAUGAGAUAGUAAUACAUUGUUAAUUGAUACAAAAUAUACCUUUUAUGGUAAAUUUUUUGGCAAAUUUCCUUGACUUCUGAAUCAAAUUACAUGUCAACAAAUUUGAAAUAACAGAAGAAAAUUAAUAUGAAUAAAUACAAUGGAAGAUAUAACAUAUUCACAAAGAAUAAGAAUAAAUAAAUAAAUAAAUGAGCAUGGUCAAUCAUAAAACAAUCAGUUUAAUAUGAUGUUUGAAUGCUAACACAUGUAAAAAACUGACAUAUUGUUAUAACAAAAAGGUGAUGAAAAUCAGCAGCAUUUAUUAAAAUAAUAUAAUGGAAUACUGUUAAUGUCUGUUAAUGUCUCUUAGGCCAAUAACCAGGAACAUCAUCUGGAAAUUGUAAAGGGGAAAUUGUGAAUUUUUCUUUGACAAAACUGAGGGUUUUAAGGAACUUUUACUUUGGACUUAAUAAUAUAAGUAAUAUUUUUAUUUCUGAAUAAAUAUUACCUCUGCCAAGGAGGUUAAUUUG